AUUCUUGUAGCCUGCGCAAUCAAACAGAAACUGGGCAAGACAUAAAGCCGAGCCGACGCCAUAUCGGGUUGAUACGGUCGCAUCCAAUUCCAUGUUCCCUCGGUGCGUUCUUUGCCUUCUCGUGAUGAAGAUGCAAACUUGGUGUCGCAAAACUGUUUCCUUCGCUUGUAACAAGUACGUGAUUGCUGGAUCAGUCGUCUCAAGGCCCGUUACCUCCUCCGCGACUCAUGCAGCCGUCUCGGACCCAGAUGCGUCAGAACCUGAGAGCUCGAAUGAACCUUGUGUCAUACAAUCCAAGGACCUUCUUCGCAGAAGCUCAGGUCCUGGGACUGGGCUUCACGUCCUCGACUUAUUCGAUCGCGGUAUGUUGCAGCCUGAUCGAGCUCUUUACAACAGCAUGCUCAGGAGAUGUACCCAGUUGAAGAAGCUCAAAGAGGGGAAGUUGGUCAGUGCCCACGUUCUCAAGUCGAUAUUCAAGCAUGAUAGGCUGCUCCAUAAUACAAUCCUCAAUAUGUAUGCCAAGUGCGGCCUCAUGGAUGAAGCUCGGCAGUUGUUCGAUGAAAUGCCCGUGAGGGAUGUGGUUACUUGGACUACUAUGAUAACUGGGUAUUCCCAGAACAACCAGUCUGAUGGGGCGGUUGCUUUGUUUCCGCAGAUGCUUUGGAUGGGUUUGCAGCCAAAUGAGUUUACAUUGUCAAGCCUUCUCAAGGCUCUUGGGUUCUGGCCUAGCGAUGAGUGCGGUAGGCAGCUUCAUGCCUAUUGUUUGAAAUAUGGAUAUUGCUCGAAUCUUUAUGUUGGUAGUGCUUUGGUUGACAUGUAUGUUAGGCAUGACCGGAUUGACAAAGCCCAGUCAAUUUUCUGUCUGCUAGUGAACAAGAAUGAGGUAUCGUGGAAUGCUUUGAUUGCUGGAUAUGCUAGGAAAGGCGAGGGCGAGCGCGCUCUUUUUAUGCUCCAGGAGAUGCUGAGGGCUGGUUUCGAACCCACUCAUUUCACGUACUCCAGUGCGUUUGGUGCCUUAUCGGCUACCGGAUCUUUGGAGCAGGGAAAAUGGGUUCAUGCACAUAUGAUCAAAUCAGGGGGUCAGCUUAUUGAAUUUGUGGGAAAUGCUCUCCUCGACAUGUAUGCGAAGUCCGGUAGCAUUGAGGAUGCUGAAAAAGUUUAUAGGUUGUUGAGACAGGAUUUAGUUUCUUGGAAUUCACUGCUCACUGGAUAUGCUAAACAUGGGCGUGGGAGGGAAUGUGUGAGCAAAUUUGAAGAAAUGCGGAGGAUAGGAAUUCAACCGAAUAACAUAACCUUCCUCUGUGUUCUGAAUGCUUGUAGUCAUGCUGGACUUUUGGACGAAGGGCAGUACUAUUUCCAUUUGAUGAAGAAAUAUAAUGUGGAGGCACGCAUUGUGCAUCAUGUGACGAUAGUUGAUCUUCUGGGUCGAGCGGGUCUUUUGGAUCGAGCGAAAAAGUUCAUAGAGGAGAUGCCUAUUGAGCCUACUGCGGAAAUUUGGGCAUUGCUUGGUGCUUGUAGGAUGCAUAAAGACAUGAAGUUGGGUGCAUAUGCGGCGGAGCGGGUUUUCGAGCUCAAUCCCAAUGAUUCGGGGCCCCUCGUGUUGUUGUCUAACAUAUAUGCCUCAGCGGGUAGAUGGGGCGAUGUGGUUAAAGUGAGAAGGAUGAUGCAGAAGAGUGGGGUGAAAAAGGAGCCCGCAUGUAGUUGGGUGGAUAUUGAGAACAAGGUCCAUAUGUUUGUGGCUAAUGAUGAUUCUCAUCCACAUGGAAAAGAAAUCCGAAAGAUGUGGGAAGAAGUCAGUGCAAAGAUCAAGGAGAUGGGUUAUGUUCCAGACACUAGCCAUGUGCUUUUCUUUGCGGACGAACAAGAGAGGGAAUCGAGAUUGCAACACCAUAGUGAGAAGCUUGCUCUGGCAUUUGCAAUUCUAAGUACACCCCCUGGAUCUACCAUCCGGAUCAAGAAGAACAUCAGAGUUUGUGGUGAUUGUCACUCAGCAUUUAAGUUGGCAUCUAAGGUGUUGGAUAGAGAAAUCAUCCUUAGAGAUACCAAUAGAUUUCAUCAUUUCCAUGAUGGCUCCUGUUCUUGUGGGGACUAUUGGUAAUGCAAGCUAGAAUGCAUAACCCUAUAAGGUUGACUGGUUAUUAGUGAUUCUAUUGCUUACUUACCUGCUGCUUUCAUCGGCCAUAAAUUCGAAUCAAUGGCUUCGCCUGCUUGGCGCGCCCCAAGCAGGUGUUUUGCCCUGCAAUAGUUGUAAUGAAGGGUCUGGGGAGUUGGUGGAAUAAGAGAGCCCCCUUAGGCAGCUCCAAAAAAGAAGGUCGGCAUGUGGAAAUGUUG